CUAGUCAGAGGAAUUGGCAGAUACUCCUGAUCGGCUAUGUAUUCCAGAAAGGCCAUGUAUAAGAGGAAGUAUUCGGCCGCUAAAUCCAGGGUUGAAAAGAAAAAGAAGGAGAAGGUUCUUGCUACCGUCACAAAACCAGUUAAUGGUGACAAGAACAGUGGUACGCGAGUAGUUAAACUUUGCAAAAUGCCUAGGUAUUAUUAUCUUACUGAAGACGUGCCUCAAAAGCUGUUGAGCUACGGCAAAAAAAAACCUUUCAGUCAGCAUGUGAGAAAACCGCGAGCUAGCAUCACCCCUGGGACCAUUUGGAUCAUCCUCACUGGGCGGAUCAUCCUCACUGGGCGCCACAGAGGCAAGAGAGUAGUUUUCCUGAAGCAGCUGGGCAGUGGCUUGCUACUUGUGACUGGACCUCUGUCCCUCAAUCGAGUUCCUCUGCGUAGAACACACCAAAAAUUCGUCAUUGCCACUUCUACCAAAAUUGUUAUCAGCAGCAUGAAAAUCCCCAAAUAUCUCACAGAUGCUUAUUUCAAGAAGAAGAAGUUGCGUAAACCCAGACACCAGGAGGGUGAGAUCUUUGACACCGAGAAAGAGAAAUACGAGAUUACAGAGCAGCGCAAGGUUGAUCAGAAAGCUGUGGACUCACAAAUUCUGCCAAAAAUCAAGGCUGUUCCUCAGCUUCAGGGCUACCUCCGUUCUGUGUUUUCUCUCACAAAUGGAGUUUACCCUCACAAAUUGGUGUUCUAAAUUUCUUACAAAGAACCUAAUUAAAUAACUGAUCCAA